UUGUCCAAAAUAAAAUAUAUACCUUGUAGUAUUGCAAAUUUUUUUUAUUUUUAUUUAUUUAGCUUUCCGCCGUAAAAGAAAAUAUUAAAUUAGCCAAGUUUUGUGUAAUUAAUUUGCUUUCGCUCACAAAUAUAAAAAAUGUAAACCUAAAAUAUUUCCAUUUCUGUAUUGUUCUUUUUCCAAAAUGUUCCUCUUCAAAAGUGAUUAAAUACACUUACAUCGGUGUUACUAACAUAACAAAUAAAGUUGGGCUAAUGGUAAAUAAUUAAACAAAGUAUAAUGGACCUAGAUCUAGUAUGUGAAGAAACUGAUUUGGAUUCAUUGCAACCAUUCCCUCCUGGUGCUCUUUCUACUCCAAAUUCGAACAGAUCAUCUCCAGCCAAUGGCAAUGACGAAGCCACUUUUCAAACACAAUUAUUUUUACAAGCAUCUUCUGAUAAUGGAGACACAUUUUCGGCGCUUAUGGCAGGAAUGGAAAAUAAAUCAAAUAAUUCGAAACGAGGUCCCGGGAGGCCUAGGAAAGAUUUGCCUCAACAAAAGGGCAAUGUGAAGCGAAAAAACUUAGGGGAUCAUGUCCAAUGUAGUGAUCGUACUAAUCUUUCUAUCGCGCCAUUGUCGUCAUCUGAAAGUUCUAAUACUGGAUAUCCUGAAGAUAAAACAAUAACAAAUAUGGAUGAAAUUUCAACUAUUGAAUAUCCUGGAAAAAUAUGUUGUUUAUGUAAUCUUGAUGAAAAAAGUGCAUUGGGGCAAGGAGACUUUUUACGAUGGGAGGUGGAUCCGGAUAACUGCGAAAAGGCUAUUCAAUUCUACAUGGAAACUAAUUCUAAAAUCGAUGAAACCUUAAGGCAUACCACUAUAGACCAAGUUUCAUUCCGUCGACAAAAAAGUAAUUGCAGAGGAAAAAUAUUUCAAAAUAAUUGUAUCAACGAACUAGACAAAAUAGGACAUUCGGAAAAGAUGUCUCUUAAUACAAUUUUAGAUGGUUCUUAUUUAUAUUUGCAUCGCAUGUGUCUUAUGUGGUCACAAGGCGUAUAUGGAAAAACGAAUGAAAUUAAGUCGAACAUAGAGUUCAUAAUUGCCAAAAGUCUCUCGCAAAAAUGCUCUUUUUGUGGACAGUAUGGAGCAAGUAUCACAUGUAAAUUGAGUUGUACAAAAGUGUUUCAUUUGCCGUGCGCUGCAGCAUCAGCUAGCUUUCAAAUCAUGGAUAAUUUUAUGGUUUUUUGCUUGGAUCACAUUGAACAAGUAAUGGUUAUAUGCCCAGAUGCUAAUAUCACGUGCCAAAACUGCUCCUCCAUGGAUAAUAUGGCAAAAAUGAUUAUGUGCGCCACUUGUGGUGAACAUUUUCAUACCAAUUGUGUUGGUCUAAUAAAUACUCCAGAAACUCGAGCGGGUUGGAAUUGCCCCAAUUGCCGUAAAUGUCAGAUAUGUAGAGAGAGUGACGGUUCCGAAGGACGUUUCAUUAAAUGUGAACAGUGCCAACGAUUAUACCAUAAUACCUGUUUACGACCCACGAUUUCAUCUUUGCCAAAAUAUGGCUGGAAGUGCAAUCGUUGCCGGGUUUGUACUGACUGUGGUUCAAGAACUCCUGGGGGUGGAACCUCAUCUCGAUGGCACUGUCAUUACACAAUUUGUGAUUCGUGUUACCAGCAACGUAAUAAAGGAUUUUCUUGUCCUAUCUGUCACAAAGCUUAUAGAGCUUCCGCCCACAAGGAAAUGGUUAAAUGCAAUUUUUGUCAUAGGUAA